AUGAGUGAUAAGGCACCAUCGAGAUCGUACGAUAUGAUCAUGAAGUUGUUGCUCAUUGGAGACUCUGGAGUGGGCAAGUCGUGUUUGUUGUUGCGUUUUGUCGACGACAAAUUCAACCCAUCCUUCAUCACCACGAUCGGCAUUGAUUUCAAGAUCAGAACUAUUGAGAGCAAAGGCAAAAAAAUCAAGUUGCAGGUCUGGGACACAGCAGGCCAGGAGAGAUUCAGAACGAUUACCACGUCCUACUACAGAGGCGCCAGAGGUAUUGUAUUGAUUUAUGAUGUCACCGAUGCCAGAACGUUUGAAAAUGUCGAGAACUGGUUCAACACAGUCACCCCGCACGCCAACGAAAACUCUCAGAUUUUUUUGGUCGGUAACAAAUGUGACGAUGAAGAGAACAGACAAGUCUCUAGACAGCAAGGUGAGGAGUUGGCUUCUAAGUUGAAUGUACCAUUCUUGGAGGCAAGUGCCAAAACUAACGAAAACGUGGAGGCUAUAUUCUACGAGUUGGCAGGAAUUAUUCAGGAUAAGACCGUGGAUGAGGAGCCCCAGCAGGGCAGCUCGGGUAUCAACAUCUCCCAGAAAACCAACAGUGUCAAGAACAAUUGCUGUUAG